AUGGGGCUUCCGCUAAUAAUACGCACAUCAGCAGCACGACAUUGCAGAUAUGUCGGGAUCGCGCGACUGGGCCUGCCUCGGUGGACACCGUUUAAAGCUGUCUUCCCUGCCCUUGGAUGCCAGCCCGUUCGACGGACGUUGGCGGGGCCAGCUCGCGGGCCGGAGGAACACGAACAGACGCUACGGGCAGCCCGGGCUGCUAAACGGGAUCAGCUGCUUGCACAGACACCCAGCAGCUGGGAACGGCUGCGUAUCCGCAUAAAGUGGGCAUUGGCGCGCUCCACCAAGCCGUUCAACAGCGACGACAUCAGUGCGUUUGUCUCAUGGAUCCUAGUGAGCCAUGCGCUGCUCAUCAUCCUUGGAACUACGACAUUUGCGUCACUGGUGAUAUAUCUGAUGAAUACGGUGCUCGCGCAGGAGUACGUUGCGACCCAAGUCGGCAAUUUUCUGACCAAGAACACUGCACUGACGGUUGUCUUCGAGAAUGCGAUCGUGCCGGAUUGGUCUUCGGGCAAGAUCACCUUCAACAAGGUUUUUGUGUCGCGGCGGCCAAAGCAACUGCAGGGGUUUAGCAAGGGUUCGCAGCACGAGGCAGUGGAACGUGCGAAGCUCGCGCUCAGCGAGCGACUUCUUGUUAGUGGCGAAGAGUUUGACGAUGGAAACUAUACACAAUUCGACCUCACAAUUGACCAGGUGGAGAUAUCUCUGAACUUUGGCAAAUGGAUUAAUGGCAAGGGCAUACUGGAUGAGGUGACCAUCAAUGGGCUACGAGGAGUCGUCGACCGCACGCAUGUCAUGUGGAAGGAUGGUGAUGACCCACGCAAAUACCUCAAUGUGCACCAGCCGGGCGACUUUGAAAUAUCCACGUUCAGGAUGAACGACGUGCUUUUCACUCUGUACCAGCCAGGCCGUUUCCGACCCUUCCAGGUCAGUGUGUUUAACUGCGAACUGCCGCAGCUGCGCAAACACUGGCUGUUCUUUGACAUACUGAAUGCUCACAGCAUGAGCGGCACCUAUGACAACGCCAUGUUCAUGAUACAUAGGCGCUAUAAGGAGGAUCAGAGCAGCGAAUCGCCUCUGUGGCGCAAAUUUACACGCAUGCGUGUGGACAAUCUUAAUGUCGACCACCUGAAUGCAGGAAUGAAGGGACCGUUCGGCUGGAUAACCAGCGGGAAGGUGGAUAUGAUCGGAGAUAUCCUCCUUCCAGAAGAGGGACUCGACGGCUCGGAUCUCUCAGACAUGUUAGCAAUCAUCGGCGACCGCCUCCUGAAAGAGGCGCGUCGCCACUCGGACAUCCUCCCAUUUCAGAUGCCGGACCCCGGUGACAUCGAUCCUCACAACUACUUUGUAAUGGACUUUUUCCUUCGGCUACACAACGUCCGCGCUGAGGUGCCACUGUUCACUCCGGAGCUCAGCUACAUCAACAACGCGCUCAUCCGGCCGAUUGUUGGCUAUAUCAACUCGAAGCGAAGCUACAUUCCCAUCCAGUGCCGCGUAGUGAAGAAUCUCGCGGAUUUCGAAGGCUCUUGGACCAUAUAUGACUCCAAGCUUAUGGAUGAUCUGAGUGCAGAAGUUUACGAUGCGUUUGCGGACUACGUCGCUGACCAGGAACGCAAGAAUUUGCGAAUGAAGCGCGUCGGGUUCUGGUCGCUGCAUAUCAUCAUCCAGCUGAUUUUGAUGAGUCUCGGCGCAAUCGCAUAA